CCCAAGAUGGCGGCGCCCUACGAAAUGGCCGCGGCAACCUCCGGCCAAAGUGAUGGCGGGGGUGGGGGUUUUGGAUCCUGGCUGGACAGACGGUUGGAGGCGCUGGGAGUGGACCAAGCCGGUUAUGGUUCCUACAUCCUUGGUGUCCUGCAGGAGGAGGAGGAAGAAGAGAAGUUGGAUGCUCUGCAGGGUAUCCUGUCUGCUUUUCUGGAAGAAGAUUCGCUCCUUAAUAUCUGCAAGGAGAUUGUGGAACGAUGGUCUGAAACUCAGAAGGUUGUCACCAAAUUGAAAAAAGAAGAUGAGGUCCAGGCCAUUGCCACCCUCAUUGAGAAGCAGGCACAGAUUGUGGUGAAGCCCAGGAUGGUGUUGGAAGAGGAAACACAGAGAAAAGCUGCCCUGCUGGCCCAGCAUGCCGUUGUAACAGAUGAAGAGGAUGAAGCAGAUGAGAAGGAUGAUUCAGGUGCCACCACGAUGAACAUUGGUUCAGAUAAAUCUCUGUUUCGAAACACCAAUGUAGAAGAUGUCCUCAAUGCUCGGAAAUUGGAGAGAGACUCACUUCGGGAUGAGUCCCAAAGAAAGAAGGAACAGGACAAGCUGCAGAGGGAGAGAGACAAACUAGCCAAGCAGGAGCACAAGGAAAAGGAAAAGAAAAGGACACAGAGAGGGGAGGGAAAGCGAUAACCCUGGCCUGUUCAAUUCUUCCCCUGCUUCAAGAACUUGAUGAAAAGGAAAACUGGCUUUGCAAAUGUGUAUUUAAGAGAAAUGAGAAAACAUUGCAUAGUUCUUUCCCAAGGCAUUUCCCUUUUGUUUACAUGGUCAAAAGGAAAAUCACAAUCACUUUUAAUUACAAAAAUGUGCCAUGUUUUGCUGAUGUGGAUGAUCAGAUAAUUAAUGUCUGUACCAAAGAGCUGCAAUUGGGGCAAUCUUUAUAUUUUAAUACUGAAGUUCUGUGCUCCUUUUGACUCCUUUUUUAUAAAAUGUCUUC